AAUCAAAUCCGCGGUUAGUACCGACUAUUUGACCUCACACUUACUCUGCUUUUUUCACGCACUCCAGAGUCAUGCAGAUUUUCGUGAAGACUCUCACUGGGAAAACGAUAACUCUUGAUGUGGAAUCUUCGGAUACCAUAGAAAAUGUUAAGGCAAAGAUUCAGGACAAGGAGGGCAUUCCUCCAGACCAGCAACGUUUGAUUUUUGCGGGGAAGCAGCUGGAGGAUGGCCGUACUCUCUCCGAUUACAACAUACAAAAGGAAUCCACUCUUCAUCUCGUCCUUCGGUUACGUGGUGGCAUUAUAGAGCCAACAUUACGGCUGUUGGCCCAAAAGUACAAUUGUGACAAGAUGAUUUGCCGGAAGUGUUACGCCCGGUUACAUCCCAAGGCUACCAACUGCCGUAAGCGCAAAUGUGGACACACCAGCAACCUCCGUCCAAAGAAAAAGCUAAAGUAGUGUUUUACAUGAUUAAUAAAGUCUCUGGUAUCG